ACUGCGACACAAGAGGCGAGCGACAUGCCCCAAACCGGUUGAAAUCCCCAGCUAUGCUUUCUGGGUAAAGUGCGCCCCGGUAUCCGCCCAUAUUCGCUUUACGGAGGCCAACCUGAGCAGCUAGGCCGGACGGUGGAUCAAAUGGAAAGUUCAAUCGAUUAAUUUGCCCACUUUUUUUUUGCAUGUUCCCGUUUGCUUCUGAAACGAGGUAGACCGACUUAAAUGCGGGCGUUUUGGUGUGAAAUAGGAAAUGCAGAGAUCGUGUGAAACGAGAGGAUUAUCAGCUUGACUUAUUUGGUCGCUACUUCGGACGCGGAACUCCACUCGCUAAAAGAAAAGCCAAUGAUAUUCAGUGGAACUCCUCCCUGACUGCAGGCCGUGCAGAGCUGUGAGCAGUGAAUCAUGACAGAAUAUAAGCUGGUAGUGGUGGGAGCUGGAGGCGUUGGCAAGAGCGCACUUACUAUUCAGCUCAUCCAGAAUCACUUUGUGGAUGAAUAUGACCCCACCAUUGAGGACUCCUACAGAAAGCAGGUAGUGAUUGACGGAGAGACGUGUCUGCUUGACAUCCUGGACACUGCAGGUCAGGAGGAGUACAGCGCCAUGAGGGAUCAGUACAUGAGGACAGGGGAGGGCUUCCUCUGUGUCUUUGCCAUCAACAACACCAAGUCCUUCGAGGACAUUCACCACUAUAGAGAACAGAUUAAGCGGGUGAAGGACUCUGAGGACGUCCCAAUGGUGUUGGUUGGGAACAAGUGUGACCUCCCGUCCCGGACAGUGGACACCAAGCAGGCUCAGGACUUAGCACGCAGCUACGGCAUUCCCUUUAUUGAGACCUCAGCCAAAACCAGACAGGGCGUUGAUGAUGCCUUUUACACGUUAGUGCGAGAAAUCCGGAAGCAUAAGGAGAAGAUGAGCAAGGAGGGCAAAAAGAAGAAAAAGAAGUCCAAGACAAAGUGUACACUUAUGUGAAUAAUCACCCCUUUUCAAGACAGACAAAAAAAAAGAACUAUGUUGAACAGUUAAAGUAAUACAUUUUGUACAUUACACUAAAUUAUUAGCCUCUUUCUCAAUACCCACCAUACUGAAUACUAAACCUGACCUGAUUUUUCUGCCUUUCUGUUAUUUGCUACCUGGACACCAAUAAGCUUUAUUUUCAAUUUAGUGCCAGUUGCCCACAUGUGUUGGUCCAACAGCCUGUUUGAUUUUAUAGGAUGAUGUUGAUUUGGAUAAUUUUAUAUAACUGCAGAGCUGUGAACUAAAUACAUCACAACUCAUGUUUGACAAAUUAUUCAUUAACAACUUUUAAAGUUUCCCCCCACCCGUUUGCUUAAAAGGUCAUGACCUGCAAACAUUCUUAAUGCCCUUUUAAGUAUGGGAUGCCAAAGAAUGAAUUUUCAUUUUGAUUCUCGUAGACAAAACCGUUUUGAAGAAAGGACCAACAUUCAGCCAGAUGAGAUCCAAAUGUCCCAGCCACUGUGUAAUGUCCCCAUCUCUAAUGACCUCUAGAUAUGACUUAGUUAUGUCACUGAUAUAAGUAUGCAUGCAAAGUCCUUCUCUUCUCUGAAUGUUUUAACACCCCAAUUAGAUUUUAAUUAAUUUGCAAUAUGUCACUGCUUUGUACUGUGUGGGGAGUGAUUUCUUGCCUACAUGAGAAGUUUGCUUUUUUUGUUGUUUCUUUUUGCAUGCAUUGUGUCCUAGAUGACAUGCGUAUUUAAAAACUGCCUCUGGUUGAUACAUUUAGCAGAACCAGCAGCGAGGAACUCUGACCCAAGCGGACAUCAAACAGUCUAGUUUUUCAGGUUUAAAUAAAGGAAUCAGUACUUGCUGUGAGAAAAUAGAUUAAUUACAAAUUCAAAGAUCCAGAUUAUUACCAGUUUUGUGAUAAGUAAAUGGGAUAGCAGCCAGGUUUUGUGUCGGCCAGAGUCAUUUUAUGUUACAGGGAUUCAUGCCUCAUCAAAAUCUAAUGUCGAUCAGCUUCUUUGACCUUACUGGUUUCCUGCUUUUCUUUACUGCAAGGCUUGACUGCAGGAUUGUUUUUAAUUCAUCCUGACUAAUCAUUUCAUUGCUAUUUGUUACAAAACAAUUAAAGAACUCUCCUGUCGUUCAUAUUUAAACAGUAUGAGGACCCUUUAUCAGCUCCUUAUUCAAUGUUUGUUAGGUUGGGUUUUAAAUUUGAGGAUUUGUGACUCUCUAGUAGCUGGCCAUAGGGGUGUCAUGCCUUGCACAUUUUUCCUAAACUGUUGACUCUGUUCUCUUGUGACUGGUUAGAAAGCAGAAUGCAGCUUUUAAGCAGAUUUCAGGAAUAUUUCUCUUGGUGUGGUGUCACAGAGGUUGUUCAAAAUGUUGUCCAAAUGGAUUUUCAGAUUCUUCCUUUUAUGGAGCUUUUGAAAGAGUUUUUGGAUUAAUUUCCUAAAGUGUUGAAAUUGUUUGGUGGGCUUGCCUUUCAACAGAAAUUAUUGUCCAGCAAAAUAAUUUGUCAUUUUCUCUCACAAAGUUAGUUUAUCGUAGUGACGUAACUGGAACUGAUGCUUGUAAAUGAGGCAGUAAUUGCCAUAAAAUUGUUUUGUUUUUUUGUUUUUUAGAGACAAUUGUCUGAAUUUAUUUUUAAAAAGUCCUAGUUUCUUUCCCAGGUCAACCCAUAUUUCACCUUUUUUCCAUCGUAUUUACAAGCCGUUCCACUGGGGAUUUUUAUUUGCCUUUUUAUGUUUGCAUUAGGUGCUACAUUUAGAUGGUAGAAAGAGCCGAGACAACAUUUACUUUGUCCUGUGCGUGCUCAAGAAAUACACAAAAUGCUGUUCUAGGGGAGCAACAUUAUUGACACAGAAAAUCCAGACAUGAUACAUUUUGCUUUCAGGAUUAAUGAAUUUUGACCCAGUUUAUUAUGACGACCUUUUUUUUCAUGAAGUAGACAAAACUGUUAAUGCAAUUUUAAUUAUAGAACCCUCUUGUUAACAAUACUGUUUCAAAAGUAGUUUUACUGAAAUGUUUAAAAUGUUCCUCUUCCUUUUUAUUGCGUGCCAACAGCUGAUUUGUGAUAUGUAUCAUUUAUACCUGGAUCAUAUUUUAACAACCUUUGUAUAGUUGUGAUACUGAAAGGUGCAUAUUUUGUAAAUUGUGCUUCAUUUCGUUGGUGUGUCUAAAUGAAUGUUGCUUAAAUGGAGUUUCACUCCGCUCUGUGUAUGUGACUAGAGAGUGUGACUGGGUCCAGGUCUAGGGAAGUGAAUGAAUGACCACUUUACAACACACCUGUUGUGGGCAGUGUAGAGUGGUGAUCUGAUCUCAAAUGAGUCUAUUUUUUGCCAUGAAUCUCACCACUCCUAUUUAAUGUGUAAUAAAGAACAAAGUAAAGAGGAA